GCGUAUGCAGGCCAGAAGCUCGACAAGUUGUACGACAGCAAAAUGUUGGAGUUUGGAACGCCUUCUACACACUCGAAACGGCACCUCUCGUGGCGUUGACUGGCGCAUGUCGCAACCUCCGUCGGGUGGUCAGCAUCCGGGAGGCGGUGGAGGAGGAGACGAAGGAGACGGCGAAAGUGACGGAGGAGACGGCUCAGGAUCUCAUGGAGGAGGUGACGGAGGAGACGGCUCAAGAUCUGUUGGAGGAGGUGAGGGAGGAGACGACUCACGAUCUGCCGGAAAGGGGUCGGGCGGAAAGCGUAGAGCGUUCAGGAGUCGCGAGUCUAGGGAAACUGAUAGCCACUGCGUAGGGAGUCGGGAUUCCGACAUGCGAUACGAGGCCCCCCUGAAGUCUUAUCAAGUGCGAGUAGAUUUGCACUUGUUUGCGAGGAUUUUGUUUCCCGAUGUCGAGGAGAGUCCGUCCCACCGUACGCAGCCGACGUCUUCUGUGCACAACACCUUACUCCUGCGCCUCUUGGAAGAGGGUGAACGUCUGCAGCAUAUGGCAACAUCUCCUGAGCGACAACACCAUUCCUUGGCAGAAACUGCGUCUUCGUUUUGCCUGGAGGUCGGGAUGCCUGCAUUGCGAAGGAGCGAAAGUGCGACCGUCAGUUCCCUCAGCUCCGGCGAGCGCCGCAAACUCCGAAUAGAUUCGGAGUUACUGACGUCGCCCUGCGGGCCUUCCUCUAGCAGUGCUCGCCGCAAAGUCCAAAUAGAUUCGGAGUUACUGACGUCGCCCUGCAGGCCUUCCGCCAGCAGUGCUCCUCACGCUACAAUUCCGCGGGGCCAAGAAAAUGUGAGGUCCAACCCCCCGCAUCUUCAGUUGGGCACAAUAUCCCCUUGCUCACCGCCAUUCUCAUAUGUUGAGACUCAAGACUGGCAGUCUUGCAAAGUGCUGGAGGGGCCCGCUGCAGGAGUGUUGGAGACCGGGGGUAGCGAGUAUGAACGUCAUGCUUCGGAGGGUGUAUCCGUCGACUUUGAGACCAAAAGUACAGCAACUCCUGGGGAAGAGGAGCUCUCACCGGGAGCGCAUGCUGUACAACGGGAAGAGGAGAGUCAACACUGGCAGUCUCACAGAGUGUUGGAGACCGGGGCUAGCGAGUAUGAACGUCAUGCUUCGGAGGUUGCGACCGUCGACUCUGAGAGCAAGAGUACAGCAGCUCCGGGGGAAGAGGAGCUCUCACAGCGGGAAGAGGAGACUCAACACUGGCCGGCUCGCGAAGUGCUGAAGGGGCUCGAUGCAAGAGUGUUGGAGACUGGGGCUAGCGAGCAUGAACGUCAAGCUUCGGAGGGUGCGUCCGUCGAUUCGGAGAGCAAGAGUACAACAACUCCGGGGAUAGAGGAGCUCUCACAAGAAGCGCAUGCUCUGCAGCAGGAAGAGGAGACUCAACACUGGCCGGCUCGCGAAGUGCUGAAGGGGGUCGAUGCAGGAGUGUUGAAGAUCGGGGCUAGCGAGCAUGAACGUCAAGCUUCGGAGGGUGCGUCUGUCGACUCGGAGAGCAAGAGUACAACAACUCCGGGGCAAGAGGAGCUCUCACAAGAAGCGCAUGCUCUGCAGCGGGAAGAGGGCACUCAACAUUGGUCGGCUCGCAAAGUGCUAAAGGGGCUCGACGCAGGAGUGCGGGUGAUUGGGACGUCCGAAGAGGUUCUGCACAGUCGGUCGGUUGUGGCGACGACGCAAGAGGGUGACGUUAAGGGAGGUCAGUGGACGUUUGUGGAAGGCAAUGACCGCGGGGAGGAAGGACGUACGUGGACGUUCGUGGAAGCUCGGCUUCUUGGCGACGAGGAAGGCGAAGAAGAACCCCUGGUGGAAACUCGGGUUCAUGGCGAUGAGAAAGGUGAAGAACCCGUGGUAGAAGGUGGUGAGGUGGCGGUCGACAUCCAGAUGGAUCCAGAGCAGAAAGAUCAUGACUCUUCGUCCACCCGUUGCGGUGAAGAAUAAGGUGUGAGGUUGUCAAUGUCCCUGCCCAUGAAACCU